AUGUCCGACAUUGUCAUUGACGCCAAGGCCUUUUCCCGCAGGGCAAACGCCCUCUUCAAGGCGUGGAAGGCGGCCGAAUCGUCCGAGGACCUCGAUGCGCUCAGGCAGUGCGACUCGGUGAUCGUCGUCUCGGGUGGGCAGAAUGAGGAGCAGCCCUACUCCAAGACCUCGACCAUCCACACCUGGCUGCUCGGCUACGAGUUCCCCUCGACCCUCAUCCACCUCACCCGCGACGGCCUCACGUUCAUCACGAGCGCAUCAAAGGCGAAGCUGCUCGAACCGCUGAGGUCGGACAAGAACGCCUUCCGCCUCGAAAUUCUCAAGCGCACCAAGAGCGACGACGACAACAAGGCCAUCUGGGACGACCUCUUCUCCCGCAUCGACACGGCGGGCAAGAGGCUGGGUCACCUGCCAAAGGACAAGGCCAUCGGCAAGUUUGCCGUCGAGUGGGAGGGCGCCUUCAACGAGGUCAAAGCCAAGCACGGCUACGAGCUCGUCGACGUCGGCCCGUCGCUCAGCGCCGUGUGGGCGGCCAAGGACGACGACGAGCUCAAGACGCUCAAGGUGGCCGCCAAGAUGAGCUCGACCGUCAUGUCGGGCUACUUUGUCGACGAGAUGUCGACGAUCCUCGACGAGGGCCGCAAGGUGACGCACGAGAAGCUCGCCGCCAGGGUCGAGGACCAGCUCGAGGACUCCAAGACGUGGAAAAAGGUCAAGGGCCUCGAGGGCGCCGACAUCACCCUCGCCGACUGGUGCUACACGCCCAUCAUCCAGUCGGGCGGCGAGUACGACCUGCGCACCUCGGCCGUGUCGACGGUCAAGCGGCUCGAGGCCGACGGAAACGGCGGCGUCGUCGUGGCCAGCCUUGGCAUCAAGUACCAGAGCUACUGCAGCAACAUCGGCCGCACCUACCUCAUCGACCCGCACAAGACGCAGCAGAAGACGUACGCCUUCCUCCACGAGCUUCAGAUGGAGAUUGCCGAAAAGUUCCUGCGCGCCGGCGCCACCUGCCGCGACGUCUAUGCCAAGGCGCUCGAAUACGUGCGGGCAAAGGACAGCAAGCUCGCCGACGCCUUUGUCAAGAACGUCGGCUUCGCCACGGGCAUCGAGUUCCGCGACAGCUCCUACGUCCUCUCGCCCAAGAGCACGCGCAAGAUCAAGCAGGACAUGGUCUUCAACCUGUCGGUCGGGUUCGCCGACCUGCCCGACCCCAACCACCCGGGCAAGACCUACUCGCUGCUCCUCACCGACACGGUGCGCGUCAACGACGGCCCCACGACGUUCCUCACCGACCGCGUCCGCGGCACCAACGACAUGGCCUUCUUCUUCAAGGACGACGAGGACGAGGAGCGCGGCGACGUGUCGCGCGAGAGCCCCGUCAAGGCGACGGGCAAGGUGACGGCGACGGGCAAGGUGCUGCGCAACAAGACGCGCGGCGACGCGCUCGACGAGGGCGCCGCGCAGAAGAUGAAGCUGCACCAAAAGGAGCUGGCACGGCAGAAGCAGGAAGAGGGGCUGGCGCGCUUCGCCGGCGAGGACGGCGAGGGCAACGCGUCCAACGAAAAGGUCUUUAAGAAGUUCGAGAGCUACAGGCGCGAGAACCAGCUGCCGGCCAAGGUGGCCGACCUCAAGAUCAUGGUCGACCACCGCGCUCAGUCCAUCAUCCUGCCCAUCUACGGCUACGCGGUGCCGUUUCACAUCAACACGCUCAAAAACGUCAGCAAGAGCGACGAGGGCGAGUUCACCUAUCUGCGGCUCAACUUUGUCACGCCGGGCCAGAUUGCGGGCAAGAAAGAAGACGUGCCUUUCGACGACCCCGAGGCCACCUUCAUCCGCAGCAUGAGCUACCGCUCCACCGACUCGUUCCACUUCAGCGAGCUGUACAAGGAGAUCAGCGAGCUGCGCAAGUCGGCGACCAAGCUCGAGGCCGAGAAAAAGGAGCUGGCCGACGUCGUCGAGCAGGACAAGCUGAUCCUCGCAAAGGGCCGCACCUACACGCUGCCCGAGGUCUUCCCGCGCCCGGCCCUCGACGGCAAGCGCGUGCCCGGCGACCUCACCAUCCACCAGAACGGCCUGCGCUUCGCGUCGCCGCUGCGGCCCGACCAGAAGAUCGACCUGCUCUUCUCCAACAUGAAGCACCUCUUCUACCAGCCGUGCGACAACGAGCUCAUCGUCAUCAUCCACGUCCAUCUCAAGUCGCCCAUCAUGAUUGGCAAGAAAAAGGCAAAGGACGUCCAGUUCUACCGCGAGGCGUCCGACGUCCAGUUCGACGAGACGGGCAACCGCAAGCGCAAGUACCGCGGCGGUGACGAGGACGAGAUCGAGCUCGAGCAGGAGGAGCGGCGCAGGCGGUCGCAGCUCAACAAGGAGUUCAAGAACUUUGCCGAGCGCAUCGCCGAGGCCUCGGACAACCGCGUCUCGGUCGACGUCCCCUACCGCGACCUGGGCUUCAACGGCGUGCCCUUCCGCACCAAUGUGCUGCUGCAGCCCACGACCGACUGCCUCGUGCACCUGACCGACCCGCCGUUCCUGGUCAUCACGCUGGCCGACGUCGAGAUUGUCCACCUGGAGCGCGUCCAGUUUGGCCUGCAGAGCUUCGACAUGGUGUUUGUCAUGAGCGACUUUUCGCGCGCCCCGAUGCACGUCAGCAGCAUCCCCACGAGCUCGCUCGACGACGUCAAGCAGUGGCUCGACUCGGUCGACAUCUGCGUCACCGAGGGCGCGGUCAACCUGAACUGGGGGGCCAUCAUGAAGACGGUUAACGAGGACCCGUACGACUUUUUCGCCGAGGGUGGCUGGGGCUUCCUCCAGGCCGACAGCGACAACGAGGACGACAGCGAGACCGAGUCCGGCUCCGAGUUUGGCUCGGACAUGGACGACGGCGAGGAAGAGACGGACGAGGACAGCGGCUCGGGCUCCGACUUUGGCGACUCGGAGGAGGAGAGCGGCUCCGACGACUUUGACGACGAGAGCGAGGGCGAGGACUGGGACGAGCUCGAGCGCAAGGCGGCGCGCGCCGACGAAAAGAAGCGCAGGGACCAGGGCGGCAGUGACGACGAGGACAGCGGACGGAAGUCGAAGGGCAAGAGGCGGUGA